AGAAGAUAUCCUUCUGAGGGGAAGAAAGGCCGGCUGAGCAAGGUAUAAAGUGUCUCCUUUUCCCAUGAUAGUGGAAGAACUCAUCCUCCCAGACAAUCACAAUCAACCCAAAGGUUUAAGACUGUCCUCAGAGCCCCAGCUAUCCCUUUCUAAACGUUUGUUCGAUCAACUUUGAAGAUGAAGUAUCUCAACGUUGUGGCGGCGCUCGCUGCCCUGGCAAUCGCCAAUCCACUUCCUUCCCCCGCGGCAGCCGAACUGGAGGCGCAAUUUGAGAAUGCCCAUGAGCUGGUGAAGCGUCAAGGCAGCACCUCGAAUGAACUAAACAGCGGAGCUUGCAGAGACUACAUCUUCAUCUUUGCUCGAGGCUCCACCGAAAGUGGUAACAUGGGUGGCACAGUCGGUCCAGCCACUUGCUCUGGGCUGAAGAACAGCUUCGGCUCCUCCAGAGUUGCUUGCCAGGGCGUUGGACCGCAAUACACGGCAUCCAUUGGCGACAACCUUUUAUCUGAGGGAACUUCCUCUGCAGGGUACAACAACGCCAUCACCCUGUUCAACCUGGCGCAGAGCAAGUGCCCGCAAUCUCUCGUUGUAUUCGGCGGCUACAGCCAAGGAGCCGCCGUCAUGCACGCUUCCGUCCGUCGCCUGUCAGCUUCUUCCAAAGCUCGUCUGGUUGGGGGUGUUCUCUACGGAGACACUCGCAACGGCGAAGACAAUGGCCAGAUUCCCAACUACCCCCGCGAUGAUGUCCUCAUCAUCUGCCGUGCAGACGAUGGUGUCUGUGGUGCUGGUCUCACUGUUACUCUAGGCCAUCUUCUGUACACCACUGACGGCAGUGUUACGCGUGGCGUUGGCUACUUGGCCAACAAGAUUCGUGCGGGUGCGUAGACCGCAGGUGCAAUUUGUUCGGAUGAAAGGGACGCAUGUGAAUGGAACUCUCGU